GGAGAGAGUGAUGACGUGGCAGUGAAAGACACAGACUCACUUGCACAACACGCGCACACACACACACCACACACCACACACACACACACACACACACACACACACACACACACACACACACACAAGUCUUGCCCUACUAAGACAAGGAAGAGGGAGAGAAUAUUCUGCCAUGAUGGUGUCAUUUUUCUCCAUUACCAAUGUGUGAGCCAAACACUCAAACACACACACAUACACACACACACUCAUACUCUGUUGGGAGUUGCCUUCAUGGGGGAUAAGGCCCUAUCUAGGGCACAGAGAUGGAGUUCACAUCUUAUUCGUUACUUGUCUAGCACUCACGCAGAUGUACACACAAAUACACACACCUGGAAUCUCACAUGUCAGAAGUGAAUACUGAAAGACUGAAUGGAGUGAAGACAUUAAACAUAUCAAACAAGACACCAACAUUAGGCCCAGGCAAAAGAAGAUUCCUCAAGUGUGCUGUAAGGACUGAGGGAGCUGCUGUUUGACCCCCUUCCUCACUGGAGCUCUAUUGUAGGAACCUCGACUACCAAGAAAGCAGGGUGCACCUGAGACACAUAGCCAGUGUUUUACAAAGUGCCCUACAGUUGUCACCAUGAGCUGUAGGCUAGAGGGAACACCCCAGCUCUAGCCUCUAUCUCCUCCAGUGUGUGUGUGUGAGAGUGAGAGCGAGUGUGUGUAUGAGUGUGAUGGCUGUGUGUGUUUGGGCGGCAGCCCCCCUGGUCUUCCUGGGGCUGUGCCUGUGCAGCGUGGGGGGCCAGGCCCAAGGGGAGGUCCUGGAGUUCGGAGGUGUGUCCAGCCAGUGGGGGCGGUUCCCAGUGUGGAACGCCUGCUGCGAGAGUGUGCUGAGCUUCAGCCUGCGGACUCACAGCCAGGAGGGCCUCCUGCUCUACCUGGAUGAUGAGGGCUUCUGUGACUUCCUGGAGCUGCUGCUUCUCCAUGGCCACCUCCGCCUGCGCUUCUCCAUCUUCUGUGCUGAGCCGGCAGAGCUGCAAUCAGGUGUGGCGGUGAGUGAUGGGCACUGGCAUGCAGUGCGUGUCAAGCGGGACUGGAAGAACACCUCGUUGGAGGUGGAUGGACGAUUGGAGGGAUGGGCGGAAGUGAAGAGCAAGAGAAGAGACAUGACAGUAUUCAGCCACACCUACAUGGGCGGGGUGACGCCAGAGCUCCACUCCUCGCCACUUCGCCUCACAUCCCCUUCGGUACGGGAGCACCCUGCCUUUCGUGGCUGGAUCACGGCGGUGAGUGUCAACGGCUCACUGGCGACGUUGGAAAGCUCAGAAGGUGUCACCGUAACAGCUGGCUGUGGGCCGGAUCACCAGUGCCAAAACGGAGGGGUGUGCAGCGUGGUCAACGACCAGGCCGUCUGUGAUUGCUCCAACACCGGUUACCAAGGCAACGACUGCAGCGAAGAGCACAUCUACACUCCAGGUCUGGCACACCUGAUGAUUGGCGACCAAGGAAAACUCAGAGCUCGCGAGGAGUAUGUUGCCACCUUCAAGGGCUCUGAGUACUUCUGCUACGACUUGUCGCCCAACCCCAUCCAGUCUAGUAGCGAUGAAAUCACGCUCUCCUUCAAGACGCUGCAGCGCAACGGCCUGAUGCUGCACACUGGCAAGUCAGCCGACUACGUCAACCUGGCACUGAAGAAUGGAGCUGUGUCACUUGUCAUCAACCUUGGCUCUGGGGCCUUCGAGGCCUUGGUGGAGCCUGUCAAUGGCAAGUUCAACGACAACGCCUGGCACGACGUGAAGGUCACCCGCAACCUGAGACAGCACUCAGGCAUUGGACACGCUAUGGUGACCAUCUCUGUGGACGGCAUCCUGACCACCACAGGCUACACCCAAGAGGACUAUACCAUGCUGGGCUCUGACGACUUCUUCUACGUGGGAGGGAGCCCCAGCACUGCUGACCUGCCCGGUUCUCCAGUCAGCAAUAACUUCAUGGGCUGUCUCAAAGAGGUGGUGUACAAGAACAAUGAUGUACGGUUGGAGCUGUCUAGACUGGCUAAACAGGGAGACCCAAAGAUGAAGGUGAGUGGGGUAGUGUCUUUUAAGUGCGAGAGUGUGGCCACCCUGGACCCCGUGACUUUUGACACCCCAGAGUCUUUCGUGGCACUAAGCAAAUGGUCAGCGAAGAAGGCUGGAUCAAUCUCAUUCGACUUCAGGACCACAGAGCCAAACGGGUUGAUGCUUUUCAGUCAUGGCAAACCCAGACAGCAACAACGCAAGGACCCACGCACGCCUCCUACACUCAAGGUGGAUUUCUUUGCCAUUGAGAUGCUGGAUGGGCACCUUUACUUGCUGCUGGACAUGGGCUCAGGAACCACCAAGACCAAGGCUAUCGACAGAAAGGUCAACGAUGGAGAAUGGUAUCAUGUGGACUUCCAGAGGGACGGCCGCUCAGGAACCAUCUCGGUGAACAGUGUGAGAACAGCGUACACAGCUCCAGGAGACAGUGAGAUCCUGGACCUGGAUGAGACUUUGUACCUCGGAGGACUACCCGAAGACCGCGCUGGACUCAUCUUCCCCACAGAGGUGUGGACGGCUCUGUUGAACUAUGGUUAUGUGGGCUGCAUCAGAGACCUUUUUGUGGACGGGCAGAGCAAAGACAUCCGGCGGCUGGCGGAGGCCCAGAGGGCGGUGGGGGUGAAGCCCUCCUGCUCGAGAGAACCGCCCAAACAGUGCCUGUCCAACCCCUGCCAGCACAAUGGCAUUUGCAGGGAGGGCUGGAAUCGCUACGUCUGCGACUGCUCUGGGACGGGAUACCUGGGACGCUCCUGUGAGAGAGAUGCAACUAUCCUGUCGUACGACGGCAGUAAGUUUAUGAAGGUGCAGCUGCCUAUGGCGAUGCACACUGCGGCGGAGGACGUCUCGCUACGCUUUCGCUCCCAGCGGGCCUAUGGCGUUCUCAUGGCAACCACGUCCCGUAACUCUGCAGACACUCUUCGUCUGGAGCUGGAUGGGGGCCGUGUCAGACUCACUGUCAACCUAGACUGUAUCAGGAUAAAUUGUACAGCCAGUAAAGGCCCAGAGACCAUCUUUGCGGGGUCGGGCCUCAAUGAUAAUGAGUGGCACACGGUGAGGGUAGUCCGGCGUGGCAAGGGCCUCAAACUCACCGUAGAUGACCUGCAGCCUGUUGAAGCCCUCACCUCUGAGCUUACCCCGCCACCAGGUCAGAUGGCGGGCGACCACACCCAGUUGGAGUUCCACAAUGUGGAGACGGGUAUUGUGACGGAGAAGCGCUUCAUGCCUGCCGUGCCCUCUAAUUUCAUCGGCCAUCUUCAGGGCCUGACGCUGAAUGGCAUGCCCUACAUCGACCUGUGCAAGAACGGUGACAUAGACUACUGCGAGCUCAAUGCUGUUAUUGGCUAUAAGAGCAUUGUGGCUGACCCCGUCACCUUCCGCUCGCGCUCCAGUUUCGUCACACUGCCCACGCUGCAGGCCUACUACUCCAUGCAUCUCUUCAUGCAGUUCAAGACGACGUCACCCGAUGGCCUCGUUCUCUUCAACAGGGGGGACGGCAAUGACUUCAUAGUGGUAGAGCUGGUUAAAGGCUACCUACACUACAUCUCUGACCUGGGCAAUGGAGCACACCUGAUUAAGGGCAACUCUAACAGUCCCCUGAACGACAACCAUUGGCACAAUGUGCACAUAUCCAGAGACACUAACAACCUCCACACAGUCAAGAUUGACACCAAAGUCACUACGCAGACCACCAUGGGCGCCAAGAACCUCGACCUAAAGGGUGACCUGUACAUCGGGGGCGUCUCCAAAGAGAUGUACCGAGACCUGCCUAAGUUGGUCCACUCCCGCGAGGGAUUCCAGGGUUGCCUAGCAACAGUUGAUCUAAAUGGCCGACUCCCUGACCUUUUGGCUGAUGCACUUGCAACCAUGGGACAAGUAGAGAGAGGAUGUGAAGUUACAUUGAUGAAAGCUGACUUGCAAGGCCCCAGCACUACAUGUCAAGAAGAUUCUUGCUCAAAUCAGGGAGUUUGUUUGCAGCAGUGGGAAGGCUUCACCUGUGACUGCAGCAUGACGUCAUAUGCUGGGCCACUAUGCAAUGAUGCUGGGACCACUUAUAUAUUUGGCCGGGAUGGAGGUUUGGUGGUUUACACGUGGCCCCCUAAUGAACGUCCCAGCACCAGGGCAGACCGGCUUGCCCUCGGGUUCAGCACCCAACAGAAACACGCCAUUCUGCUCCGGGUGGACAGCGCGUCGGGCCUGGGAGAUUACCUUCAGCUGCAGAUAGACAAAGGCAACAUUAGAGUAGUGUUUAAUGUGGGCACUGAUGACAUCAACAUCGAGGAGAGCUCCAAGUUUGUCAACGAUGGAAAGUACCACAUAAUUCGGUUCACCCGCAGCGGAGGCAAUGCAACCCUCCAACUGGACGACCUGCCAGUAAUAGAGCGCUAUCCCUCAGGCAACAUUGAUAACGAGCGCCUGGCCAUCGCCAGACAGCGAAUCCCCUAUCGGCUCGGUCGAGUAGUUGACGAUUGGCUACUCGACAAAGGUCGCCAACUGACCAUCUUCAACAGCCAGACGACGGUGCGUGUUGGUGGAGGUGAGCGUGAAGGUAUGUUCCAGGGCCAGCUGUCUGGACUCUACUACAAUGGCCUCCGCAUUCUCAACAUGGCCGCUGAGGGGCACCCCCACAUCAGAGUGGAAGGAAGCGCAAGACUGGUCGGCGACAUGCCGUCCUCUUCCAUCACCCCGCAGUCCAGUGCUGCAGCGGGAGGCAAUCGCUCUGACUCCGCCCCCUCCACAAGUGACAUCACAACCACCACAGCCACCAACAGGAAACAGGGGGCCACACAGCAGUCGGCAGACGACCUGCUGGUGGCGUCAGCUGAAUGUCCCAGCGAUGAUGAAGACAUUGACCCCUGUGACCCCAGUUCAGCCCGCCCUCCCCUGCCAGAGGUUAAGGUGUUCCCAGGUCCAUCUGAGGUGGUUCGGGAGAGCAGCAGCACUACAGGUAUGGUGGUGGGCAUUGUGGCGGCUGCAGCCCUCUGCAUUCUCAUCCUCCUCUACGCCAUGUACAAGUACCGCAACCGCGACGAGGGCUCCUACCACGUGGAUGAGAGCCGCAACUACAUCAGCAACUCAGCCACACAGCCCAAUGGCAGCGCCAAGGACAAGCCGCUGGGGAUCGCCAAGAUCUCCAAGAACAAGAAGAACAAAGACAAGGAGUACUACGUCUGAGGCGGAAGACGUCCGACACACAGACAUAUACGCAUACACCUUUAUAUAUAACGGUAUAUGUACAUAAAGAUAUAUUCUCAAAAAAAACACACACAUACACACUGACAUAGACAUGCUGAUGUUAAUGUUUACUCUCCAAUAAUCACAUCUGCACACAUGCUGGCAAGCACAAACAUACUGUAUACAUGUUCAAGCACACAUACACUUAAGCACAAACAUACACACACACACACAUAUACACACACAGAUACAGACUUGCCCAAGGGCAUGGACCCUUAUUGUACAGUAUUUACCAAUGAGAAAAGCCUCUGAGAGAGGCUUGUUUUAAGAACAUGAAAACCAUUCCAAAUGAUUUUAAAAAAGCACCAGUUCAACUCCCAGUUAAGAACCAUUUUGGGUCCAGCCAGUUAAAAAGAUCAGUCACUUCCCUGCCACAGUAGGACCUCUCCUGUUGGACUUGGAGAGGUCAAGGAAGACUUUUAAGUGAAGCACAUGGCAGACGGAGUGUGUUGAGCGAGAGGGCAGAGCACCAGAACAAAGAUGAUGUAAAAGCACCAAGACAAGCACCAAGUGUCUCUUCCAAGCUUCUUGGCCUUCCUCCCUGUUAGCAGAUGGGACUUGAUGAAACACUGAGGAUGCUGAAGAAACAAGCAAACUGACAGUCCAAGUCCAACCCCAAGCAACAGGACAGGAAAUCAGGGUGUAGCAAUAGAGACAGGAAAUUACAAGUUAAUAGGCAGAGGCGGGGCUGGUACCGUGAAUAUAAUGGAUGGGCUGUGGUGCUACUGUUAUGGCACCCUCUAAAUCACAAAGGUGGAAUUAGCGGAAAACUGAGAGAUUUUUCCUGGACAGGAUACUUGAGACUUCAGAUGCUACCUACAGACACCAGUCGUGCAUGACUACGGUGUCACACACACAAACGCACACACAGACAUACAGCACACAUGCACACACAGAAAAUAUAAACAAUCUAUACCUGCAGACAUACACAUACCUGCGAUGCUAAAGACCGACCAUAUCUUCAUAACUGACACUAAAGACUAUAAAAGAAGAAAAUGGUAAAAAUGACAAUGACCAUUAUGAUAAUUGUUAUGGCAAUGAUAAUGAUGAAAAUGAAGAACAUUUGGGCAGUAUAGACUUUUUGGGGAAGGGAGGGGGGGUCUUAUUGCACGUGAAUUAUCUUACUCCGUGUGAUUUAUACCGCAUUGAAACUCCAGAGGUUACACCGUGAUGCAGCACCAUCAUAAACUUACCACCUUGGCUUGAAGUAUUUCUAAAUACGCACUUCAAAUGGUUUUCAGUCUGUGGGAUUCAACCAUGAUUUAAUCUCUGAAUCGACUCUCAGUUCAAAUCUUUAUUGACAAAGUGUGACCAUCUCGAGUGUGCUGCAUGCCUGAGUCUCUGAGCUGUGCUGUGAAGUGGUUGCGUGUCCCACUAAGUCCAGAGGUGGUAGGUAUGUUUGUGGGAGGAAGGAGGGGGUUGUUGCGGGUUGCAAUGUAACUCCAUUGCAACGUCUGGAUGUGUGCGGCCACCACAGGCCACGUCCUGUUUUUUAGCCUGAUGUCUUAUAGGCCACUCCCACUAUACCUGCUCUAACCAACCACCUUUUUUAGCAAAAAAACAGCAGAGGAAAAGAAUCAAAAACAGAACAAAGUAAAUGUUACCAUGUGUUGCUAAUAGAUAGAAAAGUCCCGUUCAUGAUGCCAUUGACUCAUAGUCAAGUUGCUUUGAUUUCAUUGCUCUCCCUUUCUCUCUUUCUCUUUGCAUCCUUUUGUCUUCAUGCUAUUGGUUGACUGUUUAUUAAUAUUCAUGACAUAAACAAUACAGGGCAGAUAGAUGGGUUUCCGAUGUGUUGCAGUAUAAUUAUCUGUUUAUGGACCUUUGCAGUGUCUGAGCCCUCAACAGCUCAAGAAUUGUAGCUCCACAAUAUAUCAAUACAAACUGUGCCAUGACACGAACAAGCCCCUCCAGAUCUUCCAAGCAACGUAACAAUUCAGUCGGAUGCAUGCAAAAUGACCAGGGCAAGAACAGACAUGAAAACGACUGUGUGAGAUUUGAAAGUUUAAUGUCAAAAUUAACUUAACAUAUUCCCUUAUUCUUUCCAUCCUUAACUGGCCUUGACCUCCUUUUUUUCUUCCUUCUCGUUUUCCCCUUGUUUAGUAUGUUUCCCACUCAGCCCUUCCAGUUCCUCCGUGUCUGUCGCUUUCUUUCCCCUCUAUCUCUGUUGUGUUGCCAUCUGAAACAAAGGAGGUGUCUCAACUAAUGGGAUUCUACAUCUAGGUGUUCAUUAACCAUGUUUAUUUUCUAUAUGUACAAUUUUUCUACAGUAUUUACUUUUAUUUUUAUUGUUACGGUUCUUUGAUGAACAUAAAGUGGAAAUUUAUUAUGAAAAAUAGUUUUGAAGAUUAAUGAGUAAAUAAAAUAUUACCCAAGUGA